ACAAAUGCGGAUCUCAAGAACAUAAUGCACACAGGAUAGGUAUUAGCUCGAGUGUUGUCUGUUUACGUACGUAAUGUCUAUCCCUCUCUUUUUAAAUGUCGUUUUGGUAAUCGCCGGCGUUGUCAUGGUGAGAAGUGAAAGGCAUGAUAUUUAUGGGAAGGAGCAGGGGGGCAUUUAAGGCAGCUGCGACGGUCGGACAGAGCUGCGUCCUCUUCCCGCCGUGUAUCUUCUCGUCAUGUGUGAAGAUUGCAAAGGAGACGAAGAGCUGCUAGGCGCGUGCACUGAGGACAGGAGAGACAUUAUGGGCGCGUCGGUGGAAGUUCUGGAUGAAGACGCGUCGUCGCUGCGGGCGAUGGCAUCUGCGCCUCUGUCAGGUAGCGCUGUGUGCGCGAGCUGCAACGAGGAAAUUGUGGAUAAAUAUUUAUUAAAGGUUAACGACUUGUGCUGGCAUGUGCGUUGUCUCUCCUGCAGCGUCUGCCAGACUUCACUUGGCAGCCACGCGAGCUGUUACAUCAAACAAAAAGAAGUUUUCUGUAAACUGGAUUACUUUAGAAGAUACGGCACGUGGUGCGCGUGCUGCGGCCGGACCAUCCACUCCACGGACUGGGUCCGCCGGGCCAAGGGCAACGUCUACCACCUGGCCUGCUUCGCCUGCUUCUCCUGCAAGAGACAGCUGUCCACCGGGGAGGAGUUCGCUCUGGUGGAGGAGAAGGUGCUCUGCAGGGUCCACUACGACUGCAUGCUGGACAACCUCAAGCGGGCCGCGGAGAAAGGAAACAGUGUUAACAUGGACGGGGCUGUGCCCACUGAACAGGAGAUCAACCAGCCAAAACCCUCCAAGAGAGCACGGACCAGCUUCACUGCCGACCAGCUGCAGGUGAUGCAGGCCCAGUUUGCUCAGGACAACAAUCCAGACGCCCAAACGCUGCAGAAACUGGCGGAGCAGACGGGCCUCAGUCGAAGAGUCAUACAGGUCUGGUUCCAGAACUGCAGAGCGCGCCACAAGAAGCACGUGAGCCCCAACCACACGUCCAGCACCCCCCUGACCUCCCUGCAGUCCAGCCGCCUCUCGCAGCCCACCCCGACCCCCGAGGAGCUGCAGUACACAGCGUACGGAGGCCCGGAGGGAUCAAUGCUCUCUGCACUACACUCCUUCAUAGACAUACACUCCCCUCCAUCCAUGUUUCAACCGCUGCUGCCAGCCCACGCCAUGACCUCCCUGCCUGUGUCUCACGCCUGAGCGCCGCCCGCCCCGCCCCCACACACACACACACACACACACACACACACACACACACACACACACACACACACACACACACACACACACACACACAAAUCAACCAGCGGUCGUCAUUAGCAGUAUUCAGAUCUCCACAUUUCCUUUACUUCAACUGUCAGUAAUUCAUUAAAUGUUGACAUUCUUUGAAAACACUAAAUUCACGGUAGAGCAUAUAACGGAGGACUAUUAUUUGUUCUGUAUAAUGUGGAAUUGGAAAGGUUUUAUUGUACCUCAUUGGAUUGUGACAUAUGACAUUAUAGAUUUAUAUUUGUUUGUGUAGUUGGUGACACAGUUUGACCGUGCUCCUCUAGUGAACACCACCACACCCCCCUCCCACCCCAUGUCAACUCAUUAUGAAGGUGAACUUGAAAUUGUUUGUAUAGCAGUGUUUGGAUAUUGCAAUUUUAUUUAUUUAUUGUAUGUGAAGUCUGUUUUGAAAAUAAAUGUCUAAUUUCACAAACCCGGAAUGAAUGAAUGAAUACCGAUAGCUUACUGGUCAGAUCCAGUGACAGCUGACAUGCUGCAGUGUUAAGAGCUGAAUGGGCAGGUUUAAAAAUUGGAAAUGCAUUGUAGAAAAACUAUUUAUUGAUGAAAACACAAGUACAAAAAAAUCUAUAUUUGAAGGCAAUAUAUUCUGUUAAAACACACAUGCAAUUUUUACUGUAUAAAUAAAAUAUAUGGAGGCAUUUAUACUGUCAGCUUUCUGCACAAAUGCACAAUAAAUAAAAACAGUUUGGAGUAUGGACAGGUUUGAGCACUG